AUGUGGUAUACAUGUGGUAUAUUAAUUAUGUUAUGAUUGAGAUCGCUAGUAGUUUAUGUGUUACCAGGUGUUACUACUCAUUUUACAAGUUGGUGAUAUAUAAUAAAGUGAAUAUAAACAAUAAAACUAGAAAUAAUGGUUUCAAAGUGCUGCGUUUUAGGUUGUAGAAACACUAGCCAAAAGGCCCAGCUGCAUACGUUUCCAAAAGACGAGAAGAUUUGGUCAAUGUGGAUAAAGAAUAUUGGUCGAGAAGAUUUGAAAAACAAAACCAUAGAUCAUUUAAGAAGAUCUUAUCGCAUAUGUAACAUACAUUUUGAUGAUAAUCAAAAAUAUAUUGGAAGUCGAUACAAAUCUACCAUUAAGCAAGAUGCAGUGCCUACUUUGUUUCUUCCAAUUAUUAAAAAUGGUUUAAGAAGUAAAUUAAGACUUUUGGCCUACAGUGGAACAGAAUCAGUUGCUAAACUAACACCUAAGGCGAAAAAAUUUUACAGAAUUGCAAAAGAUCUUCGUAAAACUGCUAAACGACUGGAUUUUAAAUGUUUGAAUUUGAAAAAGGAAUUAAGAAGAGUUGAAAAAGUUAUGGAAUCAGGUGAUUUUUUGGCCCAAAGCAUCAAUAAAGCUACUUAUGAUUUUAUAAAAUGCCAAUUAAGGUGCCAAAAAUUUCAACCGAAGGGUAGGCGUUAUAGCCUUGAUGAAAAAAUUUUAUUUUUGUCAUUUUUAAAACAGAGUCCUAAAGGAUACAAACUAUUUCGUAAAAUAUUUGCUGCUCCUUCAAGGAAAACUUUGACUAACCUUUUACAAAAUAUUCCCUUUGCAACUGGAAUCAAUGAAACCAUUAUGGCUAGCUUGAAAAAUAGUACAAAGGGAAUGUCUGUAAAAGAGAAGUAUUGUAGCAUCCUUUUUGAUGAAAUAUCUAUUGAUCCUGGAUUGCAAUACAACAAAAAAGAAGGUGCUAUUUACGGAUUUGAAGAUUAUGGGGAUUAUGAAUAUAAUAGGCCAAUUAUUGCUGAUAAAGCCUUGGUAUUCAUGGCCAGAGGAAUUUUUAAAAAGUGGAAGCAACCAAUUGCUUAUUAUAUUAGUGAAAGUGGCAUGAAAGGUCACCUAUUAUGUUUAAAAAUAAAAGAAGUCAUCAGGGCAUGCAGAAAUAGUGAUCUUUUGCCAAUUACAAUUAUUUGCGACCAAUAUAGUGCCAAUAAAAAGGCUAUUAAAUUAUUAUAUGAAGAAAACUGCAAGCAACCACAUCAAUUCGGUUUUUUAAUAGAUGGUGUAGAAGUUAUUCCCUUAUAUGACCCUCCCCACCUGUUAAAAGGUAUUAGAAACAAUUUUUUUAAUAAAAGUGUAAAAUUUAAGUGGAGAAAAAAUAUUGAAGUGGCGACUUGGGCACACAUUAAUCAAUUAUAUGAUUUAGAAGAUAAAGAUUAUGACUAUAAAUUAUGUCCAAAACUAACAGAAAGUCAUGUUAAAAAUCUUAAAAAAAUGAAAGUGUCCAUAGCAGCACAGACAUUAAGCAAUACUGUAGCCGCAGCUAUGAAAAAGUUGGCCUCUUCUCAACUAAAUUGUCUUCCAGCCGAAGCAGAAAGUACAGCUGAAUUUAUUUUAUUUAUGGACAAGGUCUUUGAUAGUGUGAAUGGUGCUGGCACCUUUAAUAAAAAUGGAAAAAGAUUAAGAAUGGCUGUAACAAAAAAAAGCGAACAUUAUACUUUUUGGACUGAGGCCAUUCAAGUUUUUGAAUCAAUAAAAUUUGAAGAAAGGGGGAAACAGACAGUACCACCAAGUGUACUAAAUUGGAUUCACACUCUAAGAGGUAUGAGAUACCUUUGGGAAUUAUUUCAGAAAAAAAAUAUAAAAUAUUUUUGUCCCAAUUUUUUAAAUCAAGAUCCCCUUGAAAACUUUUUUGGGCGCAUUAGGAGUCAUGGAGCAAGGUAUAUAAACCCAAAUGCAACAGCAUUUAUUCAUUCAUUUAAAUCUUUAAUUAUUAUGGAUUUCACAUCUGUGCACUCACCUGGAUUUAAUUGUAAAGAUGACAAUUUAAAUGCUUUGGAUUCAUUAAAACAUUUCAUAAAUUGUGAACCAAUUUCAAAAAAUGAACCAAUUAAGAUCCCUGAUAUACAAUUUAGUGAAUUUACACCAAAUAACCAAAUAGAUAUUUUACAAAAAGGAUGUCUUAGAUAUAUAGCAGGGUUUGUGGCAAAAAAAAUUUUACGUAAAUUUAAAAGUUGUGGAUGUUGUAUGACAGAUUUAUUGGGCGAUGGUAGUAAUGCUGAAGAUUUUUUUAUCAACGCAAAAUCUUAUAGUAUAAAAAGUUUAAUGGCCCCAAACAGUAAAUAUGGUGAACUUUUUGAAAAGAUUAUAUUCAUAUUACAGCAAAUAGUUCCAAAAGUUUGCCACUACAAAAAUUUAAAAAAAAUACUUUUCGGAAUAAUGUAUAAUGAAUGCAAAUCAUUUACUUUUAUAUGUGAAAAACAUCAAAUUUUAAAACACAUAUUAAAUUAUGUUAUUUCAUUUCAUUUGCUGAUUUAUGCAAAAAAUAUCACCAAAAUUUUACAGGGAAAAUUAAAAGUAAAAUCUGGGUGUAAUGACCCAAUUAAAAAUUAUGCACAAAAAAAAUUUUACAGUCAUAAAAAGUAUGUUAAUACAUUAAAAAUAAUAAAUAAUUGCCUUCCUUUAAAAAUAAUAUAGAGAGAGAAAUAUAGGUACUUUAUUGAUACCAUGGAACCAAAAAUUGACUGAAGUCUUUCAGCGAAUUUACAAGAUUAAUAUAUACAUUAAAUAUUUUAUGUUAAGACUAAAUACAAUACAAUAGUUAAAAAAAAUUGUAUAUGUGGUGGUAAUUACAAUAUUGCCAGUCAAUUAAAUUACAGCUAAUAGAAGAAGAUUAGAAGGGAGUUGUUUAUUGAUCUGAAGUGACAAGUACGUUUGUGAUGUUAUUUAUAAUAUUUUUAGAACAUAAUAAUAUGCCUGGAGUUUCAUAUAUUUCCUUCCUGUUGGAUUAUACACCCGUCACAAUAUGGGUUAAUAAAAUUUUUAGUUUUGCUUUCCUCACAUAUAAAACUAUCGAUAUUAUUACCUUGUAGAUAGUUGUAUAUUAAGUAUUUCUCUGUUUGAAAACUAUUGAUAUUUGAAUAAAUAAACCUCACGUUAUGAGCCACUAUCUUGAAAUAUUGUGAGCCCUUCCUGUGGCAUAGUUGGUGAGUGAUUGGUUGGUUUUUCCAGAUCGAACAUGAGUAUAAAUAGGUAAAUUUCCCAGUUUUUCACGAUGUAAUUUUUUGCAGUAUCUGUGUUUUAUUUCGAUAUUUGUGAGAUGGUCUUUCAUAAUAUGUGUAUCUUCAAUAUCCAAUUCUACUGAUGAUAUGAUACAGGCAAAAGUUGUGUCAUGUGAUUUAUUUUGUGUGGAUUGAUUUUGGUUAGAAUUUGUUUCUUUGUAUUCUUUGGUUACUUUUGACUGGACUAAUGACUUCGGUUAUUAUCUUAAUUACUUUUUAAAAUAAACCCAUUUCUAGUUUUUAUUAUCACAUUAGAAGAGUUUGGAUUGCUUCUAUUCCAAAAAUUAGCAAACUGAAAUCUUGAUAAUUAUUGUUGAGUUGUUAUAACAAAAUUGUUUAUAGUUUUGAUUCAUGAUAUUUUUCAUUUGUAGUGAAUCAUGGUGUGUGUUGUUAACUACCUUUUUUUGUGGCUUUGAAUGUUGACAUCUUUUUGUGAAUUUGGUUGGGAUUGAUUUAUUGGGUUUUUAGAAGAAUGCUGACCUAAUAUUAUGUCUUGAAUUUGUUGUUGAGACAGUUGUCCUUUUCCUUUCUUUCCCAAGUCCUUUUCACUGGAUUUAGCAAAUGCGAUAUUCGAUGGCGUCGUUUCUUUUCUCUUUUUAUUUUAUUCCACUGUCCGGUAUCUUCCAUUUCUUCUUCCAUUACGCUGUUCUCGGAAGACAUAUUUCCUUAUUAUUUCUACUGUUUUCCCAAUUAACUAUCACUAAUUAACUUUUAAAUCGAUUUUUAACUUAUCGUUAGCGAAUUUCAGCGAGUCGAUCGAUUUACGUCCUUUCUCUAUGAACAUUCAAGGAGAACGAAUAUAAUAUUUUUUUUAAUAUUCAUAAAAAUAUAAUUAUAGUAUUUUUUACUUUAUUUGUUUUAGGAUCACCCAUUUUAUUUUUUUGCUUUUGUAAUCAUAGGUACUUAUUUUGUAGUCUUUUUUUACAUUAUAUAUAAUAAAAUUUUAUAUC